CCUUUUUCUUAUCCUUUCUUUUAUUAAACUUCAGUUUGAAACAAGACAAUGUCAGCUUUCAUUGAAGAAGCCAUUAUCUUUGCAACAGAAUCCACUUUAAAUACACUUGUCUGUGUUGUUGCUGGUACCUUUCUAGUCUACUAUCUAUUCUUUUUUGACAAGAAAAAAGGUACCAAGGUAGAAAGCAAAUUAAGGGAGAUCAAAAAAGAACCUAUUAAGGUUGACCAGAAAAAGGAGAAGGAAGUCAGUAAUUUGAUUGUAAAGGAGGUGGAAACACUUUUACCAAAGAAACAACAGGAACCUUUUCUUGCUCGUUUCGAGGCUACUCAAGCCAUUUGUUUGUUGGAAGCCAACAAGUAUAUUGGAUCAAUCUUUGAAAAAAAAGAAAAACCAAACUCGUUUUUUGAUGAUCUGUUGGGCGUAUCUGAUGUCGAGGCUGAUAGUGGUACAGCAAUCACGCGUCAAGCUAUCCAUAAUGAAGCAACCACGGUGGUCGAGGAAGUAAAAGAAGAGAAGGAAGAGCUAUCUUCAGGCUUACAAGCCACAGAGAAUAACGAUAUAGUUGAAGAAGAAAAGAAAGAGUCCUUGGUCGAAAGUGAAGUAGUUCCUGUCGAGCCUUUCUUAGCAGCUUAUGAAGCUACUGUCGCUUCUACUACUUUGGAAGCUCAACAGUAUAUUUCCGCUUUGCCUAAACCUCCUAGACCUUUCCUUGCUGCAUUUGAAGCAACCACUGCAACAACUACCAUGAUUGCUCGUGAAUACGUCAACGCAAUGCCUAAACCUCCCAGACCUUUUCUGGCUGCAUUUGAAGCAACCACUGCUUCCAAUUUAUUGGCUGCCCAAACCUUUGCUGCCUCUUUGCCCAAGCCUUCCAAGCCUUUCCUUGCACAUUAUGAAGCUACAACCGCUCAAGUUGCAUCGGCUGCACAAGAGUACGCAAAAUCUCUUCCCAAGCCCUCAAAGCCUUUCCUUGCUGCAUUUGAAGCUACUACCGCUCAAUUCACUCAAAUCGCCCGUGAUUAUGUGGCCGCUCUCCCCAAACCCCCAAAGCCUUUCCUCGCUGCAUUUGAAGCUACUACAGCUUCUACAACUUGCACCAACCAACAAUAUAUUACCGAUAUGGUCAAGUCCGAUUCAGCCUACAUAGAAUCUCUUCAAUCCAUUUCUAAAAGAUCCAAUACCUCAGUACCUAGUAAUACUCUAGCUAGUUAUGAAGCUACAGCAGCUUCUAUUCUCUCCAUCUCACAAGAGUACAUUCAAAACUUGACUGCAUCUGUCGAAUAUCCUAAAGCCAAUAUUAAUGUGAAAGCAACCGAAUCAGAGGAAAAGGUGGUUAGUAGCAUGGACGAGGAGGCGGAGGAGCUUUCUUCAACUUCAUCUCUAUCAGAGGCUUCUACCAGCUCUUUACCUUCUGAAGCUCCGGUUUCAGCCAGCGACGAAAAAGACAAGUCUAUUGUUGGAAAUGAGGGUUUGCAAGUAGAUGUUGUGGAUCAAACCAAUGCCAGAUCAUCAGAGCAGUUCAAGCUAUCUUGGGAUGAUAUUUACUCGGGUGACAACAACAAGAAGAUCAAGGCAACAACACAAUCCCCUUCUAGUACUGAAUCUCCUACCAAACCAUGGAUGUCAACUACUCCCUGUAUUUAUUAUCCAAAUUGUACCAACAAGAACUGUAAAUUUAUUCAUCCUGGCCCUGACAACAAUCCUAGACCUAAACCUAAGCGAGCAGCUACUGUCAAUGCAGAACCUAAAAGACUCUGGACACGACCUGAACUUAUUGAACGACAAUCACAAACACAUUUUCCUAUCUGGAAAUCCCGUUGUGUGCAUUGGCCAUACUGUACAAACAAACACUGCAAGUAUUCACAUCCUAUCAAAGAAUGCCGGUAAGUAGUUAUGGUGUUAUUCAAAACAAUGGCUUAUGUGCAUUUGUCUUUAGAAUGGGCGAUCAAUGCAUAUUCAUGGAACGUUGUAUGUUCCUUCAUCCAAGUGACCUUUUAGAACCGGUUAAAAAGCAUCGUAGUAAUCAAAGUAAUGAAAACAACAACGACAAUAAUAAUACCCAUGUUCCUCAACAGCUGAAAAGAUCAAACACUACUUUCAAUUAAAAUUACUUUUUAUCAUUAAUAAAAUCAUUCUUUUUUUUU